AUGGUCGGGCUUGAACGAGAAUGGAACCAGGGCUUUAGAAGAGUGGAACUGAACCUCGACUCCUCUACGGCCAUUGCUAUUAUCAAAGACUGCAAGGAUACUGACCACAGACAUGGUGCGCUUGCAGAGCAGUUUGGCAGACUGUUGGAGCGGGAAUGGGAGGUUUGUUCAUCGCCUCUCUCAGGAACAAAAGGAUCCGAGCUCUGCAUCAGAGUUGAUUCAUCCUUCAACUACGAAGCUCCUAUGGUGAGUCGUUAUAUGGAUGCUUUGUAUUUCGUUUGUUUCAGUGGAUCGAUCGGAGUUCCCUGUGGCACAUCCUCGCCAAGCGACGCCUCCACGAACGCGUCCUUCAGUCGUGCGCCCUCCUCCGUCAUCUUCUUCCUCAGUGGCAGCCUCUUCGCCUCGUAG